ACGUCCAAACUGCCAAUGACCUGUCCAUCACUCUUUGCCUUGGCUCUUUUCCUUUCUGUCCUAAACGAAGUCUGACCUUAUUUUGAUACACGCUGAUUUAGGCUUUCUCAUUAUAUAGUAUUUUUACAUUAAAUUACAAAAUUUGUAAGCAUUAUUUAGCUUAAUAUACCACAUGCCAUGAAGUCAUGAUGCUAAAACCUUUAAUGUGAAGUGUGAUAAUGCGUCAUAAGUCACGCCCCUACCGGAAGUCUUGACAUCUUCAGCCAGUCAUAACUUAUAAUGUCUACGGUAAAAACAGUAAUGUGGCCAAAAGUGAUUUUAUUUGGGGACUCCAUCACACAGUUUUCAUUUCAAACCAACGGCUGGGGUGCAGAAAUAGCCCACAAACUGGCACGAAAGUGUGAUGUUGUGAACAGAGGACUGUCCGGCUACAACUCCAGAUGGGCUAAACUACUUCUCCCUCGCCUCAUCGACAUCACAAACUCUGCAGACAACAACAUAGCUGCCGUCACUGUCUUCUUUGGAGCCAACGACUGUGCACUGCGAGAUAAGAACCCAAAGCAGCACGUCCCUCUGGAGGAGUAUUCAGAGAACCUGAAAGUAAUCUCCAGGCUUCUGUCCUCAGCCGGCGUGCCGGCAGACCGAGUUAUAUUCAUCACCCCUCCUCCCCUCCACGAGCCGGCCUGGGAGAAAGAAUGCAUUCUGAAAGGGUAUCCGCUCAAUCGCCUCAACUCUGCAGCGGGGCAGUAUGCAGAGGCGUGUGUCCAGGUUGCCGGUCAGUGUGGUGCAGCCGCCCUGGACCUCUGGACACUCAUGCAAAAAGAUGGACAGGACUACACAGUCUAUCUGUCCGAUGGGCUGCACCUCUCUCCGAAGGGAAACCAGUUUGUCGCUCUGCACCUGUGGGGGCUGCUGGAGAGCCGUGUGGCCGACCUGCCCUUCAUCCUGCCGUACUGGGGGGACGUGGAUGCAGAGAGCCCCGAGCGUAGUUUCCUCGGUGACAAGUGACGACCACGUCGGCUUGGAAAAGGCUUCUUUGAAUCAUUGAAGAAUGGAUUUUCUAUUGAGGAAGAAAAAAAAAUUCACUAGACUUUGUCCCUGGCACAAAGCAAUGAAGCAGCCGUGAUGUGUAAAAUGCACAAUAAAGAUUUUUAUUUUGUUUAAAGAAA